AUGGUUAGACCGCGAAGAAUCCAGAAGCGUCUUUCGAAUAGCUCACGAUCAAGACGCCAACAACGGGCCCGUCAUAAAGAUAGCUUGUUCUUCAAGUCCUUCGAGUACUGUCGGGAGUGCGAUGCGGAUAUCUUCAUCAUGGUCCGCCUCAAGCAAAAUGGCCAGAUCCAAUUCUUUAACUCCGACAGCAAAUGGCCCCCUUCCCUGGAGGAGCUAACUUCGUAUUAUCCAAGGCCGAAACAAAUCACGUGGGAAGAGUUGGCCACCAGAUAUAUCUUUGAAGAUUCACUUCCUUCCCCUAUGCCGAAGAAAAUAGAGAUAAAUGAAGGGUUUGUGGCAAGUUCGAGGAGCAUGAAUGAAAAGGAUGUGGAAUCUGGCUCGAACUGA